GAGCUCCGCGGAGUUCGUGCGCUGCGUGAGGAGAGAGUGAGCAGCUUUCGGAGGAGUCGGUGCGCGGCGGAGCGGCGUGUUUUCGGGCGUUCAGGGCUGAUAUCUGCGGUCUUCCAUCAUGCAUGUGGACUUCGAGAAGCUGCGGAUGAGCGGCGCGGGGAAAGCCAUCGCGGUGCUGACGAGCGGCGGAGACGCGCAGGGUAUGAACGCCGCCGUCCGCGCUGUAACACGCAUGGGCAUUUACGUGGGCGCUAAGGUCUACCUGAUUUACGAGGGUUAUCAGGGUCUGGUGGACGGAGGAGAUCACAUCAAACUCGCCAACUGGCAGAGCGUCACCAACAUCAUCCAGCUGGUGAGACGUGCUUUCAGUGCGUGUGAAAAUCACUCAGACAGAAACUCCACGAAGAACAAAAAAGGUUGAUUAAUAACAAAAUAGAGUCGGAUGGAGGGCUUGAGGAAAUGCUAGAAAUAUGGAGCAAGUCAUAUUUUAAUUACAGAUAAAGACAAAUAUAAUAAUUUUAUGAAAAUGCUCUAUU